CGCAGUUCGAAAUGCAUUGUGGGAUGUGUCGUAAAAUGGCUGCUUUUUGAGGCGAAAUGUGACAUUUAUAAAUGAAACUAUACUGCAAAAGAAAACGUUAUGUAAUUUAAAAGUCCAGCCUAAAUUCGUAUUUUUCCUUCCGUUCUUAAACUGAGAAGGUAUAUAAUUAUAUAUUUCAGCAUCUUAUCCGUUUAAGUCACCUCCAGCUGUUUAAUAGUACGCCAUGUCUAUAAUAGGCGGAUUGCUAAAAGCCGCAGCGUCCUUUUGCCAUUCUACACUUAUCCAGUCACCUAGGUCCUUCUCCACUGGUGUCUGCAGUAGGAUCCGCAUGCACGCAAUUCCUAAACCCAGAAACAUAGACAGAUGGACAGAGAAGCGUGUCGCCUUUGGUGUCAAUGACAACAUUGGAAUAUUAGGUGACUUUAAAGCUCAUCCACGGGAUUUGAUUGUCGGCCCCGUCUGGUUACGGGGUUUCCGUGGCAACGAGUUCCAGCGUUUGACGCGAAAGAAAAGAAUGGUAGGAGACCAGAUGAUGGCAACAGACCGGCACAACCUGGAGAAGAGGAUCCGCUUUUUAUACCGGAGAUUAAACCGCUACGGCAAACACCGCUAAUCCCAGCACUGAACUUGAUCUUAUCCCACCCGGACUCCCGUGUUACCGCUGGCCAAUUCGGGAAGGAUCGGGAUCUUGUGUGAUGGAUUUCUUGGUUAUUAAUGAUGUCAGUUCAGUAAUAUAAUUGGAGUAUUUUGUUGUAUUUGGACUGUUUGAAAGUACCAAUAAACGUGUUCAUGAAUAAA